CCGGGUAAAGACGGCCAAACGGCAACAACAAAUAUGGAGGUGUCACCGUUCAGCUUCACACUAGAGAGAUACUGGACGGAGGAGAAAGAGAGGGCGCUCAUAGCGUUUUUCUCCAAGCACAGUUGUCUGUGGAACCACAAGUCUGAGAGCUAUAAGAACAGACAGCUGCGAUGGAAAACUCUGGAACAACUGAGGAUCCUUCUGUCAGCCCACCCCCCACCUGUUCCCUUCACAGUGGAAGACAUUAAGAAUAAGUUCAAGAACCUUCGUACCACCUUUCAGCGUCAGUACAAAAUGGUAAAGGCAAGCAAGGUGUGCAAGGGAGAAGAUGUGUUUGUACCACAGUGGAAACACUACCAGCAGCUGAUGUUCCUGCAGGGCUGCUGGGACCAGGACGACUGUGUUGAUGAGCAGCCACUGUCGCCGCUGACUCUUCCACAGGCGGAGACACAGUCUGUCCUUACAUCACCAGGACUGAUCAUCUCCUUCCUUCCCACCCCAUCCACCUCUUUCCCCUCCACCUCAUCUUCCUGCGUCCCCUCCAACAUGAUGGUUAAAUGUUACUGGACUGAAGAGAGGGAGCGUGCCCUGAUAGCCUUUUAUUCCGAGCACAACUGUUUGUGGAACAAGAAGUCUGAAAACCACAACAACCGGCAGCUCAGACUGAGUCUACUGGAAGCUCUGAGAGGCCAGCUGUCUGAUCACUCAGUGUCUUUCACAGUCGAAGACAUAAAGUGCAAAUUCAAGAACCUUCGGACAGUUUUUAACCGUGAAUAUAAGGCGGUCCAGGCGAGCAGCGUGUCUAACAAACUCUACGUGUCCAAAUGGAAACACUACCAGCAGCUGUUCUUCCUCUGUGAGUCCUGCGAUGAAGACAACAGCACAGACAACCUACAGAUACUAAUGCCACAGGAAGACGAGGACCUAGACAAUGGAAACCAAACACCAUCCUCCACCCUAAGCAGCCUGUCUUCCAGUUCCACCCAAACCAAUAGCAUCAAGGUCAAUAAAAACUCUGCUCUCUCUAACUCCAGUCAGAGCAACGACAAAACCCAUACCGCUGCAUACCAAAUCCUAAUCUCUGCAUCUCCAGACAGUCUCAAACUAGCAAAUCAAACAGCUCCUUCCACAUUCCCAGUCUCUCUAUCUACUUCAUCACUAGACACCAAACCUUGUUCAAACCCCUCUCCUCUAAAUUUCUCUGUAUCCGGUCCAGUUCAGUCAGACAGCAGACUGAGCACAGACCCCCGCUGCCACUGGAGUGAGGACAAAGUUCAGCAACUCAUAUCAUUUUACUCUGAGCAAAGCUGUCUGUGGAACAACAAGUCAGAGAGCUACAGAAACCGUCUACUCAGACAGAGUCUGUUGGAGACUCUGAGCCGCCUCCUGUCUGAAAAUGAACCGGUCCCAUUCACAGUGGAAGACAUCAAGACAAAGUUCAGGAACCUGCGAACCAUUUUCCAACGUGAGCACAAGGCGGUGAGCUCAAACAAAACAUGUGGAUCAGAGGACUUUUACCUUCCAAAGUGGAAACACUACCAAGAGCUGAUGUUCCUCUGUGACUCCUGUGAUGAGGAUGAGCGACCUGAAGGCCUCCACUGCCACCAACCGGAGGAAUCCGACCUCCUCCACCUGGACAGCCAAGCCCCACCCUCCUCCCUACACUACCAUACUGCCACUCAAACUGCUACCAAAGGGAACAUCACACCACAAAGCCUCAAAGCCCCACCCUCACCCACUCCCCCAGACUCUCAGCACUCGUCCCCCUCUUCCUCCCCAUCCCCCUCCACAUCCUCCUCUCAUACUAACAGCCGAUUGUCGGGCCGCAAACGAGCAAGCCGCCGGGCACCACCCACCAUGAACGAAAUGCUGGAUUUCAUGAGGAUGUUCUGUCAAAGUCGAGCGGUGUCACCACACACCGGGUUCAUGAAAUAUGUUGAGGAGUGUCUGAAUGAGAUGCCGCCAGACAAAGUGAAAAAACUGAAGAAGAAGAUCAUUGAGACGAUCCACAGUGUGUCAGAGGAAGUUUAGUGUUUCCUGUUUGAGGAGCUUAAGUCGGACUCAGUGAAGUGAUUUUUUUUCUGCUUGAGUCUUAUUCUUGUUGCUUUAGCCAUCAUUAUUCACCAACUGUCAUCUCAUUCUAAGUUACAGGCCGCUGACAGUCCAAUAAGUUGUUGCUGUCAUUUUGCUUAAAAGAUUAAAUUGAUAGCUACCAAGACAUCAGCAUAUUAGUAACGAUUUUUUUUUGUCACUUUAAUGAAGAAGAGGACCAUAAUUCAUUGAAACAACAUUAGACAAUACAAUGGUUGUUGUAAUUUUAAAAUCUUUGUUAACGGUGAAUAUUUUUACGUUUGUGAUUUUCUUUGGUCAUUUGAGUCAGUUCCGCAGCUAUCUUGCCAGUGAUUCGCAAGGCAUUCUGGGAAAUAUUUCAUAACACUCCGUUUGAAGUGUGCCCCUGAAAAAUCUUUGUUUGAAGGGCCAGUUAGCCCUUACACUUCAUCCUACCCCUCUAUCUCAACAAGAAUUGGGGCACCCUAUGCCUAAAUGUGAACACGUAAAACGAAGGGGUAGAGCCAAGGGCAAGGGCUGAAAUCUCAAUACUUUCUAACUUCCCUACCCUGUAUGUAGGUGCAUUUCCAUCCAAUUAUUUUAUGUACAUUUUCAGUUUGUGUGUAACUAAACCUAAUUUGACCCUGAAAACUUGAAAAAAUGCUAAAUCUAAUGAAAAGUACAAUGGAAACAGACUUAGUUAAUACAUCAUGUAAAGUACUUCUUGGUACUCUUUAGUGACCAUCAUCUAUCCCUUCCCACCAUGUGAUACAUACAGCUCUCAACAUUGGUCAUGUAUACAGAGCCUAAUUGGUAGGAAUGAUGGACAAAUUAUUGUUCAUUUUAAGAUCAUUUCAGACUCAGCUAGUUUUUUGUUAUCAAACUGAACUUUGUCACCUUUGUUGGACUUUCAGCCCAAUAUAACUAACAUGUUAGCAUAUUUUAGCUUUUAAAUACACAUUGAUCAUGCAGUGACAUGCUGACAAUAUACUAAUGUAUCUGCUUGCAUGUUAACAUGCCAUUACUAAUGCUUGCAUGUGGAACAUUGCCACUUAGAAUUGGUUCUCAAAUUUAAUUUUCAGAUUUCAACAGACAUGAACAAUUAGCAUUUCAUUUUUGCUAAUAAAAACAAGUUACAUGCUUUACUACACACCAGCAUAUUAACUUGUCAAAGGUCAAAAGGUUUGCAUCUCAGUAUUAUACCUAGGGGCAUUCUGUCAUGAAAGUGUUUGGCAAGUGGACAUUUUUAUUGACAUGAGAAACAUCAGGGGAUCACCAAAGUCAUAUGACAUGCUGGACCAUGUUGGGUUGCUUUACAAUUCCGUCUGGAUGUCACUAGUGUGGAUAAAACCACAACAGAAAGAAGUAUUCUGAAAGCACUAUAGUAUUUUCAAAUUUUUGUGACUAGCUUGUUGCCAAAACUUGAUCCAGAGAGCAUUCACAAAAGACAAAAUUGCAUGAAAUCAUUCCCUGUGCUCAAUGUACACUUUUACUAAAGGUCCUUUCCAAGAAAUCUACAAGUGUCUAAUGCUUUGUGUUGUUCAAGAGAAAUGUUUCUGUUCAGCUGAAUGUGCAGUUCAUUCAGUUGAACAUAACAUUUUUACAGCUAUCUUCAGUCUUCACCGAAAGACGUCAACAUUAGUUUCCUGGUAAAUUUGAGACAUGAUUUUGAUGCUUACAGAGCAAUUCAGACAUUAAAAACUCACUUUGUUUUCUGAAGUACUAAAAUUCAGAAAGGCAAUUCAAACAAACUUCUUCGACAUGUAAUGUACCUCUUAAUUUAUUUUAGUGUAAGCACUUAUGGGGGAAAUCGACAUUAUUACCAAAGCAGUUUUUUGAAAUGUUGAAAGAGUUGAAGACUGUCAAUCAUUAGUCAACUAAUUUUGUCAAUAUAUAAAGCACUGUACUUUUAAAUAUGACAUCAGUCUGAGAUGUUAUAUUUAGCUUUUCUUUUAUAAUCAACAAAGUUUUAUUCCAAUGUCAAGCUUACUAUCAGUUGUAAAAAAUAUUUAAAGUUUAUAGAUCUGUAAGUUGUCUUUUUUUUUUUUUUUAAUCUAUGCAUGUAAAAGGUUUUUAAAAAUUCUAUUCCUGUUCAGUUUUAAAUAUUUAGGUUAUGGUUGAAUCUAAAUUUCUUGAAGCAAUUAUGGUUAUUUUGUAGUACUGGCUGUGAAACAUUUGUGAAUUUUUUUUUUGUAUUGCACAUUUAUAUAAGAAUAAUUUAUAUCCUUUCUCUGUUGUUUGCACAUUUGUUAAAAUUUGACUUAGUGCCUUAUCAGAAUCACAAUAACUGCAUUUCCAGUCACAAAGAUAAAACAGGUGCUCUGUUCUGUUCUGGUCUGCCGAGGGGAAAAUGCAAUGGUGCAUCACAUUAAAUGUUGCUGUGGCAAGGAAUUGUGGGAUGGCAUUUCUCCAUUCCUUUCAUAAAAGAAGGUCCUAGUGUUUCCUAUGCUAAAGGAGAUAAGAUAGGAAGCACUGAAGCUCCUUUCCUUAUCAUUUAGAGAAUUCGACCAGCUCUUGUCAUGGUUGCCGCCUAGAUGCUUCAUUUCAUUUAGAUACAUCAUUUCACUUAGUUAGGAACCUUCCUAAACAAAAAAGACUUUUCGACUGCAGCCCUUGUGUUUCAUUUGGGAAAAUAAAAUGUAUCUUCUGCAAUAA